GACGUCACAGACCAAACAAGAUGGCGCCGCAAUAUAGCCUUUUGUAGCGUUAUUUGGUCUUCGAACUAAUACGACCCAUUUGCUUUAUUAAAAGGCUAUUCACGUUAUUUGUUCUAUUCUCCACUUUAUGGCAUUAUUUCACACGGUAAACAUGAACCGUGGCGAGUAUUUGUUUGUUUAGAGGCGAUAUGACAUCGCUCCUGCUGCGCUUAGCUCGGCGGUGUUGACGCGGCUGCCGCGUGGAGUCAUUGACCGACAAAUGGACAUCGUGUCCAGCUCGGCGUCCGCGGGGACCCCCGCUGCCAUGUCCGACGACAUGGAGGGCCUGGGCGGCGGCGUCUUGCCCCACCUGAGUGCCAUCAAGACUGAGCAGGGGCUGCCAGUGAACGGCGCGGACGAGGCGGGCAACCCCAACGUGGCCAUGGGCAUCAAGUUCAUCUUGCCCAACCGCUUCGACAUGAACGUGUGCUCCCGAUUCGUCAAGUCGCUCAACGAGGAGGACAGCAAGAACAUCCAAGAUCAGGUCAACUCCGACCUCGAGGUCGCCUCCGUGCUCUUCAAAGCGGAGUGCAACAUCCAGGCGUCUCCGUCGGCGGGCGUCCAGGUGCGCCACGUCUACACGCCGUCCACCACCAAGCACUUCUCGCCCAUCAAGCAGUCCACCACCCUGACCAACAAGCACCGCGGCAACGAGGUCUCGUCCACGCCGCUCCUCGUGCACUCUUUGUCCAUCCAUCAGCUGGCGGCUCAAGGCGAGAUGGUCUUUCUGGCCAGCAGGAUUGAGCAAGAGCCGGUGAUCAACGCCCAAGACGAGGAGGGCUUCACUCCUCUCAUGUGGGCGGCGGCGCACGGCCAGAUCGCGGUGGUGGAGUUUCUGCUCCAGAAUGGUGCCGAUCCCAACUUGUUGGCCAAAGGACGAGAGAGCGCUCUGUCGCUGGCCUGCAGCAAAGGAUACACGGACAUCGUCAAGAUGCUCAUCGACUGCGGCGUCGACGUCAACGAGUACGACUGGAACGGAGGCGCGCCGCUGCUUUACGCCGUCCACGGCAACCACAUACGCUGCGUGGAGCUGCUGCUGGAGAGCGGCGCCGAUCCCACCGUGGAGUCCGACUCGGGUUUCAACGCCAUGGACAUGGCCGUGGCCAUGGGACAUCGCAAUGCAGGUGAUGGAGGCGCACCUGCUGCGACUGCUGAUGGCCGUGCGAGAGUGACGUCGGACGACGACGUCGCCAAGCAUUCUGUCGUGGACGCGGUUGACUCUUGUGCUGCUUUGGGUGUUCCCACACGUUAUUUAUUUGACAUGUCUGUGUUGCUAUUACUUUUUUUUUGGGGGGGGGGAUGCUUCGUUUCAUUUUGGAAAUUGGGGUUGCAUUUUUGAGUUUGACACUGCAAUAAGUUCAACUUGAAAUGGAAUUUUUCAUGUGAAAUACACGCAAUUGAUAUGAGUUCAUGGAGA